AUGACAAAUGAAAUAAAUCCAACAUUAAAUAAACUGAAGGAUUCAAAUUAUUCUGUUACUACAGAGGAAUUAGAGUUGGAAGAAAGGUCCUUGGGUGAAAGUGUUGAUAGUUUUGGAAAUAAUGGAAAAUCAAAUAAUUUAGAAUCUACUGAAAUUUCAAUUAAAGAAAAUAAAAAAAUUAAACCAAAAAAAGAUCAAAGUUUACAUAGAUUUUAUAAACCUCCACAUUUUAUUAAAAAUGUAAAAGUUCAACGUAUUUUGUCAUUGGCAUGGGGUAUUUUUGCAAUUUUAGCUUCUGGAACUUUGUAUGGAUUUAGUACAAUUUCAAAUGAAGUUAGAGAUACAUUAGGAUAUUCUCAAACUGAUAUUGCCCUUGCAAUUUCAAUGGGUGAUGUUGGAAUGUAUAUUGGUCUUACAGUUGGAUUAUUUUUCGAUUUUUUCGGACCAUUUUUUACAAAUGCAUUAGCAACUGUAUUAUAUGUAAUUGGUUGUACUGGGGUUUGGGCACUUGUAAAGGGUCACAUUUCAAGUAGUGUAGGAUUAUUAGCAUUCUUUUUAUUUUUAAUUGGUCAAUCAUCAUAUGGAACUUUUACUGCAUGUGUUGUUGCAAAUGUUCAUAACUAUAAUAUUUUACAUAGAGGAAAGAUUAGUGGAAUAUUAUGUGGAAUGUUUGCAUUAUCAGCUGCUGUGUUUAGUUUAAUCUAUAAAUUAUUCUUUGAAGAUGAUUUGGGUGGAUAUUUAUUAUUUAUGGCUAUUCUAUUAUCAAUUGUAUCAUUAAUUGCUACAUAUAUUGUAAGACUCGUUAGAAUUGAAGGUGUUGAAGAACCUGAAAUACUUAAUCAUAGUAAUCAAGAUGAUGAUGAAAAUGAUAAACAAAAACAACAACAACAAAAUGAAAAUGAUGAAGUUAAUAAAGAAAAACCAUUAAAAAUUAUAAAUUCAAAAGAUGAAGAAAGUAAUUUAGAAGGUAGUGGUAAUAGUGAUACUAAAUCUAAAUUUGUUUUGGAUGGUUCAUCAUCUUCAAUAUCCUCAUCAUCAUCAUCAUCAUCUUCUUCAAAUUCAUCAGAAUCAUUACAACAACCAAAUUCAAAUUCAACAAUAUCAUCACAUAAUCAAAAUUCAAUUGAUACUUCUAUUCCAAACUUUUUAGAUGGUAAAAGAGAUAUUUCAGGUUUUAAAUUAUUAAAAAUGAUUGAAUUUUGGGGUUUAUGGAUAAUUUAUUUCUUUGCUGGUGGUUUAAGUAUUAUGUUUUUAAAUAAUAUUGCAAUUAUGGCUGAAGCAAUGAAAGAAUCAGAUUCAGUCCAUAGUAAUUUAGUUAUUGUUUUUUCAAUUGGUAAUUUAAUUGGUAGAGUUGGAAUGGGAUUUUUAUCGGAUUUAAUAUCAAAGAGAGUUUCAAGAUUUUGGUGUGUUGUUUUAUCAAGUUUAGUUCUUACAAUAACUCAUUUAAUUUGUGCUUUUGAAUUAAAACCAUUACUUUAUCCAGCUACUAUAUUAACUGGUAUUGGUUAUGGUGGAAUUGUUUCAAUUAUGGUUUUAUUAGCAUCAUUCAGAUUUGGCCCAAGAAGAUUUGGUCUUAAUUUCGGUUUUUUGGCUUUAUCUUCAGCAUCUGGUUCUUUAAUUUUUAGUACAGUUAGUAGUAAAAUUUAUGAUGGCCUUUCAGAAAAUUCAGUUGAUAGUAAAUGUUAUGGUAAUCAUUGUUUCGAAGUUUCUUUCCUUUUAAGUUUUGCUUUGAAUUUAUUAUCAGUUAUUAUUGGGCUUUUCCUUAUUUAUUAUACUAAAAAAACAGAUAAAAAGGAAUUAAAUAAAAUUAUAGGCGGAACUUUAUCAUUAGAAAUUGAUAUUGUUAUUAGGGAAUUGCUGAUUAAUAAUUCAGGAUCAGUUUGCCAUGAUUUAAAUACUUUAUUUGGUUGUCAUUUACAUGAACUUGGCAUUGAAGUUAAAGUUAUUCAUAUUAUUGAGAAACAAGUCGAAGUAUAUUUUCCAAUUUUUUCUAAAAUUUAA